AUGGCUGCUGCGCAUGCCUUCUUCUCCUUCUCCUCGGUCGAGCCACUGCUCCAUUCGGCUUCAUGGGUAGCUGGAAAUGGUGGCCGGAGCGGCCGCAACUGUAGCUUCUUCCGCCCUUCGCCUGUGAUAUGUCCCGGGCCGGAGCCUGCGUCCCAUGAGCUGUCGGAUGAUUUUGACUUCCAGGAAAGCCUAAGGAAUGUUCAAGCGUUGCUGCAACAACCUCCGAAGAGUAGAGGAGGCAUGUUGACAACUGUUGAUCAUCUAAAGCGCCUCUGCAUCGACCACUAUUUCCAAGACGAAAUUGAUACCAUCAUGGGCUCAUGUGUGGAUCUCAUCCAUAGUGAUGAUCUGCUUGAUGCAACCCUUUCUUCGAGGAUGAUGAGGGAAGCUGGAUAUUAUUUUUCGGCAGACGAUGUUCUACGAAAGUUCAUGAACAAUAAUGGUGAUUUCAACCUCGGGCUUAGCAAUGACAUUAGAGGGCUACUGAGCUUGCAAGACAUGUCACACCUCAACAUGGGAGAAUCAUCACUCUACAAGGCAAAUGAAUUCUCAAGCAAGCACCUUAGAUUUGCAAUUAAGUAUUUGGAGCCGAACCUUGCAAGAUAUGUGAGCCAGUCACUAGACCAUCCCUAUCAUGUGAGCCUGAUGCAGUACAAGGCAAGGCACCAUCUGAGCUACCUCCAAAACUUGCCCACUAGGAACAUGGCAAUUGAGAAUCUAGCACUUGCAGAGUUUCAGAUUAAGAAGUUACAGCAUCAGAGGGAAGGGCAGGAGGUUAAGAGAUGGUGGAUUGAUCUGGGAUUGGCUCAAGAAAUACCGGCUGCAAGGGAUCAAGUUCUUAAAUGGUACAUGUGGGCCAUGACUGCCCUUGAGGGUUUCUCUUUCUCUAGAUAUAGGGUUGAGACCACAAAGAUCAUCUCCAUGGUCUACAUUGUGGAUGACAUCUUUGAUCUUGUCGCCACACAAGAAGAGCUCUCCCUCUUUAAUGAAGCAAUCAAAACAUGGGAUCUUGCAGCCAUUGAUUCACUCCCAAGCUACAUGAUAUCAUGUUACAAGGCUCUUUACACAAUCACAAAUGACAUCUCCGAUAUGGUCAAGAAAGAGCAUGGAUUGAACCCUAUCAAUCAUCUCAAGAAAGCUUGGGCAACUUUGUUUGAUGGAUUCAUGAUCGAGGGGAAAUGGUUAUCUACUAAUCAGGCUCCUACAUCCAAGGACUAUCUAAGAAACGGCAUCAUCACUUCAGGAGUACCUCUUGUAUUCUUGCAUAUUUUCUUCAUGCUAGGCCAUGAUUUAACAGAGGACAACAGAGACUACAUCUUCCGAAUAAUAUCUUGCCCUGCAAAGAUCAUGAGGCUCUACGACGACAUGGGUAGUGCAAAGGAUGAAUCGCAAGAAGGACUCGAUGGAUCAUACAAGGAGUUGUAUCAGAGAGAAAAUUCUCAAGGUGACGUGGAGGAACACACGCUGGAGAUAAUCGCGGGUGAGUGGGAGGAUCUGAAUAGGGAAUGCUUCUCUGGAACAAAUUCAACACUAUCUCAUGCCUUUGUCGGCACGUCACUCAACUUUGCGAGGAUGGUCCACGUCAUGUAUGGCUAUGAUGAUGAGCAUAGGCUCCCCAUCCUUGAGGAUUACACUAGGAUGUUGCUCUUCUGA